ACGUGAUACACAGCAAGACAACCAUUAUAGCUCAAAUGUAAGCUAAUGCAAAAUACAAAUGCAUAGUUAAGGAUAUACAAUGAAGAUUGUCACACACGAAGACGAAAUUGAUAAACUAGAAAAUGAAGUAAGAAGAAGAUUGGCUAUUGUUAGCGGUUUACUAAAACUCAGAAAUGUGCAGAACGCAGAAAUAUAUGUGGAACAUUUCAAAAAAGCAAAAUUACAAUUUGAUGAAAUUGCACAAUAUAUAGCAGAAGUACAACAAAAGGUGGACCAUGAAUUAGCAUUGCUGCACCAAGUAGAUGGAGUAGUACAAGCACACGAAUUGCAACAAAAGGUUAUAAAAGAAGUAGAAAAACAAAUACAAACCUCUGAAGCAAUCAAAGCAAUUAGCGAAUUGAGACAUUCAGCAACUGUAACCAAAAAUGAAAUGUUACAAAAAACAGGAAACAAGGACACACACAGUUACAACAAAGGAGUAAAUAGCUUCAAUGUGCAUACAGCGAACAAAAAUAAUUAUGCAGUACGCGCAAAAGUAUGUAACAACGUGCCAGGAAGUUACUCUAAAAAUAGAGAUACCUUUAAUAAGUACAUCCUAUGACCAGAGAUCUCUCCUGAAAUGAAGCCAUAAACACAUAAUAUAACUAAUU